GACCGGCCGGACCGGCCGCCCCCCGCCCGCGGCUGCUCUCUCCAGGUGACUGUUCCAAGAUGUCCCUGUGGAACCUCGUGUCCCACAUGCCACCGGAGGAGUUCAGCAGCCUCUCCGCGGAGUUUCCCCGGAGCCUGCGCUGUCUCCUGGCCGAGUGGCUGGAGAACCAGCCCUGGGAGUUCAUCAAUGGCUCAGACGCCUUCUGCAGCAGCGUGGCCAGCGGGAUGCUCUCGGCCAUGCUGGAGAAACUCCGCAGCGCUGCCGGCAGCGAUGGGCAGCAGUGCCAGAUCCUGCAGCAAAUCAGCAGCAUCGAGAACACCUUCUGUCGGGACCCGCUGCGGCUGGUGGCCGUCGUGAGAUCUGUCCUGGAGGGCGAGAAAGCGGCCGUGCUCAAACGGGACCACCACCUGCCCCUCAGCUUCCACCGGCGGCAGGAGGAGCUGAAGUUCAGCCUGGGGCUGCGGCGGCUGCAGCACCGAGUCCGUGAGAUCCAGGCGCUGCGGGAUGAGGGGCCAGGGCGGGAUGGGGCCGCGCAGAGCCCCAUGGCCCCCAGGGAACUGCCCAACCUCAUCCUGGAGGCUGUGAAGGAGCUGGAGGCUGCCAAACAGCAGGUCUUGAAGAGGAUCCAGAUCUGGAAGAGACAACAGCAGCUGGCAGGGAAUGGGGCCAUCUUUGAGGAGAAUCUGGCACCGCUGCAGAAGAGGUGUGAGAACCUGUUGGAGGUUUACUUCCAGCUGCAGCAGCAGGUGAUGGCAGCAAGCACAGAGCUGGGCCCUGAGCUGCUGCCCCGACUCCUGGAGCGCUUCAACGAGGUGUUGUCCAGCCUGGUCAAGAGCUCCUUCCUGGUGGAGAAGCAGCCCCCACAGGUGCUGAAGACCCAGACCAAGUUCCAGGCAAGCGUCCGGUUCCUGCUGGGCCCACGGCUGCUGAAGGCAGCGCCCAAGCCCUACGUGGUGAGGGCUGACAUGGUGACAGAGAAGCAGGCACGGGAGCUGGAGCUCAGCAACUACAGCAACUCCCUCAGCGAGAGCACGGGGGAGAUCUUGCACAACACGGUGGCCCUGGAGACCAACCCCACCAGCGGCACCUGCUGUGCCAACUUCAAGAAUGUGCUGCUGAAGAAGAUCAAGCGCUGCGAGAGGAAGGGCUCCGAGUCGGUGACAGAGGAGAAAUGCGCCGUCCUGUUCAGCACCAACGUGGCCUUGACCCCCAGCAACGUCUCCAUCCACCUCCAGGUCCUGUCUCUGCCCAUCGUGGUCAUCGUCCACGGGAACCAGGACAACAACGCCAAAGCCACCGUGCUGUGGGACAACGCCUUCUCUGACAUUGAGCGGGUGCCCUUCGUGGUGGCUGAGCGGGUGCCCUGGGACAAGAUGUGUGACACCCUGAACCUGAAGUUCAUGGCAGAGGUGCAGACCACCAAGGGGCUCCUCAAGGAGCACUACUUCUUCCUGGCCCAGAAGAUCUUCAAUGACCACAGUGCCAGCCCUGAGGACUUCCAGAGCCGCCACGUCUCCUGGGCCCAGUUCAACAAGGAGAUCCUCCCUGGCCGGGGAUUCACCUUCUGGCAGUGGUUUGAUGGAGUCCUGGACCUCACCAAGAGAUGCCUCAAAAGUUAUUGGUCAGACAGGCUCAUCAUGGGCUUCAUCAGCAAGCAGUAUGUGUGCAAACUGCUGAGCAUGAAACCGGACGGGACCUUCCUGCUCCGCUUCAGCGACUCCGAGAUCGGGGGCGUCACCAUCGCUUACGUCAUCCGGGGCAAGGACGGCUCCAGCCAGGUGGAAAACAUCCAGCCCUUCUCUGCCAAGGACUUGUCCAUUCGCUCCCUGGGUGACCGGAUCCGGGACCUGGAGCAGCUCCGUAACCUGUACCCCAACACCCCCAAGGACCAGGCCUUUGGGAGUCACUACAACAAAGAGCAGACAGGCAAGGAUGGCCGGGGCUACGUCUCCACUGCCAUCAAGAUGACUGUGGAAAGCGAAAGGGAUCAGCAGCCUCCAAACACCAUGGGGGCCCCCCCUGAGGCCCCCCAGGUGCCAAUGUUCAACGUGCCCGUGCUGCAGCAUGAGCUGCACCCUGAGAGUCUGCAGCCGCUGCUGGCCCCCAUGUGCCCCCCCACUCCAUUCUGCUCCCAGCCCAUCCCCACAGUCUACCCCACGGUUGAGAGCAGCAUCAUGAUGGCCCCCGACAGGCUCACCUCCCCCUUCCACAGCCCAUCACCGAUGCUCUCGUCUCCCUCGCUGUCCCACUGCCAGGACCCUGCCUUCAGGCCCCCCGGACCCUUCAUGCCCAACCAGUACAUGCCUGGGGACGUCUCCCAGCUGCUGCCCGCGGGUCCCUCUGCGGAGGCGCAGGACGAGGAGAUGCCCGAGCUGCCCCCGUUCCAGGCCGUGGAGGAUGCCUCGCUGCAGAGCCCCCCGCGGUGGAUGUCGCCCAGCAUGGAGCAGUCAUCAGCCUCGGAGUUGGACCAGCUGCUGCAGGACGUGCCCCUGUUGCCCCCCUUCGCGCCCCUCCCGCAGCACAGCGGGUACCCCAAUUCCAGCCUGUCCUCCUGGGGGCUGGGGGAGGCGCGCUGGGAUGACAGCAUGAGGCCGGGACACGCCUGAGGGGGCUGCUGGGGUGGGGGGGACAUCGGUCGGGGACCCCCUCCGCACUCCCUCCCAGCUUGCCUGGGUUCGUGGACUUGAUACAAACUCCUGCAGGCGUGGAAACUCCAAGCUGGGAAAGGCGGGGUUGGGGGGAUUUGGGGUAACCCCCGCCCUCCUCCCCCCCUUUUUUCCGUGCAUUGCUGCCCGCCCCCGCCGCUGCCGG